CGUGGUGGAAGGACACAGUGAGGUUCUCACCCCCGCCCUCCGCCCCGCGCUCCCAUCCCAAGUUCCAUCAAAGCGAACCCGGGCCAGCGCAAGGAUCUUCGAGUUGCGAGUGUGCUGAGGCUGGGACUGUCACUCAUUCUCCCCUCAGCGCGUGAACGCAGCUCGGCAGCCGCUGGCAGGAAACAAUUCUGCAAAAAUAAUCAUACUCAGCCUGGCAAUUGUCUGCCUCUAGGUCUGUUGCUCUAACGCCGUCCACACUCGCUGCAAGGAGCCGGGGCACAGAAUUUACCGCGGCAAGAACACCCUUCCCAGCCAGCAGAUUACAAUGCUGCAAACUAAGGAUCUCAUCUGGACUUUGUUUUUCCUGGGAACUGCAGUUUCUCUGCAGGUGGAUAUUGUUCCCAGCCAGGGGGAAAUCAGCGUUGGAGAGUCCAAAUUCUUCUUAUGCCAAGUGGCAGGGGAAGCCAAAGAUAAAGACAUCUCCUGGUUCUCCCCCAAUGGAGAAAAGCUCACCCCGAACCAGCAGCGGAUCUCAGUGGUAUGGAAUGACGACUCUUCUUCCACCCUCACCAUCUACAAUGCUGACAUUGACGAUGCCGGCAUUUACAAGUGUGUGGUCACUGGCGAGGACGGCAGUGAGUCAGAGGCCACAGUCAACGUGAAGAUCUUCCAGAAGCUCAUGUUCAAGAAUGCACCAACUCCCCAGGAGUUCAGGGAGGGGGAAGACGCAGUGAUCGUGUGUGAUGUGGUCAGCUCUCUACCCCCAACCAUCAUCUGGAAACACAAAGGUCGAGAUGUCAUCCUGAAAAAAGAUGUCCGAUUCAUAGUCCUGUCCAACAACUACCUGCAGAUUCGGAACAUCAAGAAAACAGAUGAGGGUACUUACCGAUGUGAGGGCAGGAUCCUGGCACGAGGGGAGAUCAACUUCAAGGACAUUCAGGUCAUUGUGAAUGUACCACCCACCGUCCAGGCCAGGCAAAGCAUCGUGAAUGCCACCGCCAACCUCGGCCAGUCCGUCACCCUGGUGUGUGAUGCCGAAGGCUUCCCGGAGCCCACCAUGAGCUGGACAAAGGACGGGGAUCUGAUAGAGAAUGAGGAAGACGAGAAGUACGUCUUUAGUGACGACAGUUCGGAGCUGACCAUCAGGAAGGUGGAUAAGAACGACGAGGCUGAGUAUGUCUGCAUCGCCGAGAACAAGGCUGGAGAGCAGGAUGCGUCCAUCCACCUCAAAGUUUUUGCAAAACCCAAAAUCACUUAUGUAGAGAACCAGACCGCCAUGGAACUAGAGGAGCAGGUCACUCUUACCUGUGAAGCCUCGGGAGACCCCAUUCCCUCUAUCACCUGGAGAACUUCCACCCGAAACAUCAGCAGCGAAGAAAAGGCUUCGUGGACUCGACCAGAGAAGCAAGAGACUCUGGAUGGGCACAUGGUGGUGCGCAGCCACGCCCGCGUGUCCUCCCUGACCCUGAAGAGCAUCCAGUACACAGACGCUGGAGAGUACAUCUGCACCGCCAGCAACACUAUCGGCCAGGACUCCCAGUCCAUGUACCUUGAAGUGCAAUAUGCCCCCAAGCUGCAGGGCCCCGUGGCUGUGUACACCUGGGAGGGGAACCAGGUGAACAUCACCUGCGAGGUGUUUGCCUACCCCAGUGCCACAAUCUCGUGGUUCCGAGAUGGUCAGCUGCUGCCAAGCUCCAACUACAGCAACAUCAAGAUCUACAACAGCCCCUCUGCCAGCUACCUGGAGGUGACCCCGGACUCGGAAAAUGAUUUUGGAAACUACAACUGCACCGCAGUGAACCGCAUUGGACAGGAGUCUCUGGAAUUCAUCCUUGUCCAAGCAGACACCCCAUCCUCACCAUCCAUCGACCAGGUAGAGCCAUAUUCGAGCACAGCACAGGUGCAGUUUGAUGAGCCCGAGGCCACAGGUGGGGUGCCCAUCCUCAAAUACAAGGCUGAGUGGAAAGCAGUGGGCGAGGAAAUGUGGCACUCCAAGUGGUACGAUGCCAAGGAAGCCAGCAUGGAAGGCAUCGUCACCAUCAUGGGCCUGAAGCCUGAGACGACGUACACAGUGCGACUGGCAGCCCUCAACGGCAAGGGUCUGGGCGAGAUCAGCGCAGCCUCCGAGUUCAAGACGCAGCCAGUCCGUAAGUAGA